UUUGUUUAUGAAUGUGAUGGUAACUUCUAUGAUUUGGCCGCUCGAACCUCGUUUAGAAAUAUUUGUUCUGUAACAUGAUUUAGUUUUUGUAAAUUCAAAGAAAUAUAAUUUGGAGAGGCAUCUUAAUAUUUAUAAAUUAUUCUGAACCUGUUUUUAUAUUUAUGUGUAUUUUUGUUGACUGAAUUGGGAGAAGACAUGGAGGCUAAUGAAUUUGCUGUUGGUUUUGAGUUUAUGAGAGUCAAUUUCCCUCCAGUAGAAAUUAAAACAGAAGAUUGCAUUAUUGAGGAGGAUGGAAUAGAAGGUGACAUUGGAAUUCUUGAAGGUGUUGGAGUAGAUGUUGGCACAAAAAAGAAGAAAAGCUGCAACAGUCGCAAGAGAAGACAUAGUUUGGAAUUGAAUGAGUAUGUACGUGAAACACCUUCGUAUGUCCUGGACUUACAGCACCUUGAAUAUGAACACAACUACGCUUCAAAAACAAAAACACUCGGCAGUCACGCUGAUGAACACGUGUGUGAUAGCAACACAGGUUUAGUACGGAACAAGUCACUAGACGACAGCCAGAAUAAAUCUUCAUCUAAGUCGUGUCCAGCUGUCAACAGCAAUCUUGCUGCUGGUGACGUAGAAGGGAAUUCAUACACAUGUGAUUUGUGCAAGCGGUCUUUUUCCGAUAAGUCAUUCCUGAUACGUCAUAUAAAAUCUCACAGUACUGCAGAGAAAACUGCAGAUAAACCAUUUAAGUGUAACUUGUGUAGCAGCGCUUUCAAAUUCGAGCUUUGUUUAGAGUAUCAUUCUUUGGUUCACACGACACGUAGCCGACCUUUUGAGUGUAAGUUGUGUGGCAAGAUUUUCAUGAAGGGAGAUGUGGAGUCACAUAUCGCGGUUUGUAGUCGGAAUAACACCUCAGGGAAGAAAAGUAAUGUGUCCAGGCUUGAUGGCGGUGAAAGGGGACAGUUUUAUUGUAAUCACUGCAGUCAACCUUUUAAGACCAGAGAUAAUUUGAAUAGACAUAUCGGGAAAGGCUUCCAAGAUUCACCGCUUAUGUGUGGAUAUUGUAGAAAACCCUUUGGUUGCAUCUCACUACUGAUUCAGCACACAACUGGCACUGGAGACAGUUGAGUGUGCAGAUUGUGCUCAAAGCAUUCAUGAAGUUCUCAAGUGCUAGUGCACACAGGAAGCUUUUUUUUAACACGUUCCAUUGAUUAACUUUUAUGUUAAAAAAAUUUGUGUCUAUCUCUAUUUGUGUGUAUAUUUAAAAAAAAAAAAUUCUAGCAGUUUGUUGUUUUUUUGUUUCUCAUGGAGAAUAAAUUAUUUUUGGAUAUAAAUAUAUAUAUUUUUUAUGGCACAUGUUUUCAACCCAAAGACAAAUAGUUGUAAUUUGUAGGGUACUGUAGGAAGGAGGUACACACACUCAGCAUUAUCUGUGAGCACAAAAGAAGUUUAUGGUGAAAUCAAUGGUUGUGUUAAAAGGGUUUUGUUUUAUUACGAUUUAUUACACUUCCAGCCAUUAAGUGGAAGAAAAUGUACUGAUUCAUUGUUUUAUGUGGAAAUUAUUUGUGUGUUCUGGUUUACAAACCAACAAAUGAAGAGAUUAAAGUUUGUUUAAAACAUUUUUUUUAUGGUCAAGUCUGUUGUGGAAAUAUCUGUUGAAAAAUGUCAAGUCACUCAGGUCGUCAUCACUUGUUACACUGUUGUCAGCUUGUAGAGAUUUCUUCUUCCAAUUUAGCACUUCACCAUUCCUCAGUUUCUACUUAGCUCAUGGCCAAUUGCAUCAAUGGAGUUCAAGCGUUAUCUCAUUUCAAAAACUGUUUCAGCAUGGUUCCACCACAUUUUCUGUUGCCUCAUUUUGUUUUGAGCGCUGAGCGAUCAUUGGGAACUUUAAGAUGAACUGACAGUUUUUGCUAUUCAUGACGAUUGAUCUCGGAUCGACACAGUGUGAGUAGACAAGUCCGGAAUCUGUAUGAACUUUAUGCAGGUUAUUUUUGUAAUCAGAUGUAAAUAUUAGCAAAUGAUUUACUAUAAUUUCAGAUCGUACAUGAAACUUGUAUCAAAUAUGCUAUUUUUCUAGUGUACAACCACAUCUCACAUGUAAUAUCUAUGUCUUAAAUGUUUGGAAUGCUCAUUAAUAUAGUUUAGUGCUUAAAUAAGGUUUAAUAUUUCCUUACAGUUAAGGUUCAUAUUAAAUAGAUGCAACAGUUUUUAAAUACCGGUAUGUGUUUUACAGUCGCAACUAUAAAUCAACAAAGACGAUCCAGUGACUGCAUGAGCUUGUAGGAAACACAUCAACAGUUUGCUUGACCCGGCACAAUCGAUUGUAGUGACUUAAAAUCGUUCCAGAUCACUUAUAGAAAUGUGUCUAACAUUCCUUCGACCCCGUUGCCGCAUAUUGAAAAUGUAUGAGCUUUGGUUCAUGUGAGUGACAAUCGAGUUGGCGCAAUGUUAAAGGAAUGGUCCUUGAAUCAUUCUUGGGCAGAGAUGAUUGGAACGCGGAUUGGAGAGCAGAAUGGUGCAACAAACUAUUAGUCUCUUUGUUCCUGUCCCCUGUUUUCUGUCUUCUGUCCAAGUGGUUUUUUUUUUCCUACUGAAACAUUUUAUUCAAUAGGUUCAAUUUUCUAACCAUUUUCAAAGCAACCUUAUAUUUUUUUUACUCAUUUUACAUUCUUCGUGUUAUUGAUUAUUUGAAUGUUUCAUACGUACAUUAAAAUUGUUAAUAUUUAAUAUAAAUGAUAUCCAAAAUUAGAGCAUCCAAAACUGCCCAUUUUGCUAUACUUCUGUUUAGGUAAGGAGGACAGGCAAAACAAGGGAAUCUCAAGGAAUUGAAAAGGUGCCUUCAAAACCUGGAAAACACAGAGUAGGUUAACAAAAUAAUGUUAUAGGUAUACCUAACUAGAUUAGUAAUUUUUGAUAUUAGUGUGUGGCUUUACUAUCUUAAAACCAGUCUCUAUUUUAAUAACAAUUUCAUUAUUUAAAAAAGUAGAAGAAACAAUUAAUGAA